CACUUUUGUGUGUGACACUCGGCAGUUUUUGACGACGAGGACAAAAAAACGAGAUCACUGGAAAACGGUCAAGGGAAAUUGCGGAAAGUACAAAAAAAACUACAAUAAAGAAACGUAGUGAGACGAAAAACAACCACAAAAAAUACUUAUGUAUAAAUGUUAUGCAUUGUGCGAGAAUCGUCUUUGAACAGGACAAUGUCGUGUUUGGUAAAAAUAAAGUCCAAUGACUGAAGUGCGUUUUCUUCCGGUGUGUGUGCUUCAGCUGCAUCGCGUACUCUUCUUCUGUUUAAUUAAACAAAGAACAAAAUAGAGAAGGUGUGAAAAAUCUUCACAAUUUGAAGGUACUUUAAGCCGACAAACAGAGACGCCAUAAUUGAAAGUCAUGGGCAAGAAUCAUCAACCCGAAAACUGGGAUGGUGGUUCCUCAGAUUCAUCGGAGGGUAAGACUAGUCCCACGGCGGCAACACGUUCUUGUCCCCAUUUAAAAAGGGCGGUUGAUUCGGGCAAAUUACGCAAACUAUUAAAGGGCACUGGACUCCUGUUGGAUUGUGGCGAAUGUCAGAAAAUGGGCGUUACUUCACCAGCGGCUGAAGCACUGGAAAAUUCUGUUGAAUCACCAAUUGGUAGCUUUGAAUACGACAAUACCCUGUGGUUGUGCUUGAAAUGUGGUUCACAACUAUGCGGUCGCGCCAAGAAUCAACAUGCUCUUCAACACUAUAAGACUCCACGCUCAGAUCUACAUGCAGUGGCAAUGAAUACAAGGUCCUUUGAAAUUUGGUGCUAUCAAUGCGACAGCGAUAUUAAACCGGACUCACGGAAAAAUCUCUUAGAGUGUGUGGAAUUUGUCAAAGGUUUAGCCCAAAAACCACCUGUAGCUGUUCCAGCGGAGAACAUUGAAAACAUGUUACGAGGCACGUUGGAAUCCUUACGUCCAUUGGUGCCAACUGACGAUGCCAACCCAUUUUAUGCUGGCCCAGUUGCAGCUGCAGCCUCAGUUAAUAACAACACUAACACCAUUACAGGAAAUAAUAAAGCUAUACCAUUGCCACCACCACCUUUGCCUCCAAUACCGGGAAUGGCUAAACGUACAAGCAACUUUAAUAAUUUUUCGGCAAUUAUUACGACAGGAAAUAGCAGCGCCACAGCCACUACUCCAGCUAUGAAAUUAACAUCUAACAAUAUUUUUGGAGAUUCUUUGCCACGGGUUCGAGGGCUUACCAAUUUGGGCAAUACAUGCUUUUUCAAUGCCGUUAUGCAGUGUUUGGCUCAAACGCCCUAUUUGUUGGACGUCUUAAAGGAAUCGGCCGAGCCUGGAGAAGAGUUCACUUUGCCCGGUGGUACUUUUGAGUCCAAAGAGGAUGAAGUUCUCAAUUUGCCACCUAUUAAGGGUUCGUUGUGUGCAUGGGGUGGUUUAACUUCAGCUUUGGCCCAGACUUUGGAUGAGUUGCAAUCUGGAGGUGGAGUUUUUAAUCCAAGCAAACUUUUUGAUAAACUUUGCGCCAAAUGUCCACAAUUUCAGGGUGGUGAUCAGCAUGAUUCUCACGAACUUCUGAGACAUUUACUAGAGAGCGUGAGAGCAGAGGAUUUAAAACGUUACCAACGGGUCAUUCUUAAUAAUCUUGGCUACAAAGAUCAGGAUGUUAAAUCCGUUUCUGAAGAUAUGAAAAAGAAAUGUAAAAUUUAUGGCAAUCAAGCAGCCGAUCGGAUUCUGAGGCCUGAACAAGUUUUUCGCGGAUUUCUGGUAUCCACCCUCACCUGUCAAGACUGCUACAAUGUCAGUUCGAGGCAUGAAUAUUUCCUCGAUAUGUCACUUCCCGUCAGCGUAGAAAAGUCGCAACCUCCUCAAAUGCGACGCAAAACUUCACCAGACAAUUCCAAUUCAUUUUAUUUGCAUCCUGCGCCUGCUACAUCACCUACGGGACCGACAAAGGCCCAACUGAAAAAGGAACAGAAAAAAGAACGCAAAGCCAAGCGUCAUGCCAAACACCAGCACACAAAACAAAUGCAAAAACAAUUCUCUGCUGAGGCCGGAAUCUCGACAGUCGGUGGGGAUAAUGUUAGUGAAGCGGGUGUCGUGGAUGCGGCUAAGGCCGUACUUAUUGGUUGUGCUACAAGGGAAGAGGCUGCUGGGGAAAAGGAUAAGACAACCUGGUCAGCUUCAUCAUCCUCAGCCGAGCAAUCAGAUGCCGAUGUAGAAGAUAAUUUGUUGGAUGACAAUGAGAAAAGCUCUACAAAACCACUUAAUACCUCAAUUAUUGGAAAAACAGCGGCGCCAAAUUACGAUCGCAGUGGCAACAAUCAAUCUUUUACGAGUCCUGUUGAGAAACGGGAUGAUUCACCGGAAAACAUGGACAAAGACUCACUGGAUGAAGAUGAAAAUGAUUCCGGCAUUGCUACAAGUCCUGCCAAUGCAGGUGGAAGCUUCCCUGCUUCAUCUGCCUCGAAUUCAGAAACAAAUGGUGAUGCAAUGGCACCAGGUGAUUCCAAAGCCACUAAUAGCGUUUUCUCUUUGGGGCUCAACGAGAAAGGAGCAAAUCUUGUAAAACAACUAACCCUCAAUGAAACCAAUUUCCCUACGAAGACAGCUCUUACAAAUGGUGAUGUGAAGCCCAAUGAGAAUGCUGACCAGUCUGAUAUACAAUCCAUAGUCAGUCAGUUAGAUAGUUUGACAAUUAACAAUGAUGAACAACAACAAAAUAAGGCUGCACGUGCCAAGGCGAAACGUUCGCGUACACAAAGUUAUUCGGACUGGAGUACAACCAUUGCUCCGCGAUAUCAAUGCGAAGAUGGAGAAUGUUCAGUGCAGUCGUGUCUGAACAGUUUUACUGCUGUCGAAUUGAUGACGGGCAACAACAAGGUGGGCUGUGAGGCCUGUACGAAACGUAUAAACGGUGACGAUCCCAAAGCCAAAACGGUCAACACCAAUGCCACUAAACAGUUCCUUAUCUCUAGUCCACCAGCUGUACUCAUAUUGCAUUUGAAGCGUUUUCAAUUGGGCCCUCGUUGCAUGUUCCGCAAACUGACACGACCUGUCAGUUUUCCCAUGAUACUCGAUAUAGCUCCGUUCUGUGGUUCUAAGGUUAAGAAUCUUCCCAACAUCGAUCGUAAACAGAAAAAGCUUUUGUACGCUCUCUACGGAGUAGUUGAACAUUCAGGAAGCAUGUACGGUGGCCAUUACACGGCCUACGUCAAGGUGCGACCGAAACUAUCGCAAGAGGAUAAACGUUGGAAAUUCAUACCACAAGGCAGCAAAGCUGAGCUCGAUCAAGACGAUGAACAACGCAAAAAGUUGGACGAACUUUUGGCACGAGAAAAGGCGCGUGAUCUGCGCAUGAAAGCAGCCAAUGAUAGUGAUGACUUUUCCAAUUCAUGCAGUAGCAGCUCGGAUUCUUCCAACACGUCAUCCUCUUCUGAACCUGAAGAAUCAUCCAUACCGCCAUCACCGAUGUCGCCAUGUCCCAAUGAGACCGCUGGUGCUGUUGGUGGAAUUGAUGAGACAAUAAACGUUCAGGUGCCAAUGGGCAAAUGGUACUAUGUUUCCGAUUCCCGAGUAUCAGAUGCCAGCGAAAGUGAAGUUUUAAAUGCUCAGGCCUAUUUGCUGUUUUACGAACGCAUUUACUAAGAAAAGUUGUGUUAAAAAUAUAUCUUCGAAAAUAUUGCAGAAUGGGUCGUAUUCCGCAUGCUGGACGCUAAACAGUUAGAUAGUUCUCCCUUAACCGUUUCAACGAAUGCCUAGGAAUGGGAAACUUAUUAAAAAAAAACACACACAUAGAACAAAGGGUGGUUUUUUUUAUAUUGAACAUGCUAAUAAAACCAACCAUAAUAACGAUGAUGAUAAUGAAAAAAAUUACUAUUAUACAAAACAAAAACAUUUUUCUCUCCUAUUUAUUUGACAUGUUUUUUUCUUCGUUCUUCUCUAGAACUUUGACCCUUGAAACGCGUGUAAUUACUUAAUAAAAUAUGAAGUCUUUUUUUCAAUUAUUAUUGGGUGGAUUUCAGAACAUUUAGUAGACAUGUAAGACAGAGCUUUUAUUUUUAACAACGAUCUUUUGAAAAUAUUUGAUUUUAUCUAUUAACUUUUCUCGGCUGCCCGAGAUCAUUGAACAUUAUUAUCAUGCAUUUCAUGUCUCGCUCAGGACGGGAUAAAAGAUUUUUGUUGCUUGCAAAUUGUUAAAUAUUUUAUUUUUUCUAUUAUGAUACAUUUGAUAGCAAGAUUACAAUUUUUGAUUGUCUUUAGUUAAAUUAUAUUUUGUAUUUAUUGAAAUUUGAAAUCGAGAGUGGCAGAAGAUUAUGUCCUACACUCUCCCGAUGCUCUAAAAAAUUAACGCGGUCUUUUGCUGUCAUCACUGCUAAAAACAUACGUAUACUUACAUAUACCUACAUAGCUACAUACAUACAUACAUUUAUAUAUGCUAAACUAUUGAUAUUUUUUAUUUAGAAGUUGUAAGAAGAUUUUGUUUCUUUCCAGAAAGCUUGAAUUGAUUGAAUUAAUUAAUAAUUACACAAUACAUGCUAUAUAUUGUUUAAUUGUUUACAUGCUAAGAU